CAAAACGCGUAACUAGUUCCUAUGCAACUUCCUCCAAAGAUAUCAGGGGUAUUGUUUAUAAAUGUUAGCAGACGCUUCAUCUAUCCCUGCGCUACCUUUAUUCUGAGUUUGACACUGGCCCGGGAUCCCCCGCCAUGAUGCGCUACUGGGGCGAGAUCCCCGGGCCUGCGGGGGCUUCCCCGAGCCGCAGCUCCUUCGACUUGCUCCAGCGUGAGUUCCGCACGGUGGAGAUGCAGGACCCUCCCCUGCACCAGCCCUCGGCGCAGCGUCCGCGGCCCACCACCAUGUUGGACAUCCCCUCGGAGCCCUGCAGCCUCACUAUCCACACCGUGCAGCUGUGUCAGCAUGCCCGCCGCCUCCGUGGCCUCCUGUCGGCGGCUCACGGUCAGAGUUCAGCGUCCUCCGAGGGCGGCGGCAAGCCGGAGGAGGCGGACGCCAACCUGCCCCUGCGUCCGCCCACUCCGCCCGUGAUGCCGGACGACUUGCUGCCCGUGGACAGCAAAGCCCCGCGGCAGCCCUUCCUGCUCCGCCACAGUGACCCGGAAAGUGACUUCUAUAAGGGCAAAGGAGAGCCCGUCACGGAGCUGAGCUGGUCCUCCUGUCGACCGCUCCUCUAUCAGUCGGUGGCCACCGUCUUGGCCCACGCCGGCUUCGAGUCGGCCCAGGAGAGCGUGCUGGAGACGUUGACCGACCUGGUCCACGAGCAUUACCUGCGCGUCACCCACAUGCUGCGCGUGGCGGUGGACCGCGAGGCCCGGCUCGGAGCGAGUCCCUUCCCAGACGUGGUGGAGCAAGUGUUCCACGAGGUGGGCAUCGGCAGCGUGCUCGCCCUGCAGCGCUUCUGGCAAGUACGGAUCAAGGACUACCACAGCUACAUGCUGCAGGUGAGCAAAGAUCUGUCCGAGGAAUACGAACGACUGGUGAACCCGAAGGCUCUGGAGGACUCCAAGCCCCCGAGGAUCAAGGAGGAGCCCAUGAGCGACAUCUCGUUCCCCGUGAGCGAGGAGCACGAGGCCGACUCGGCCUCUCGGGACCAAGCGCUGCCCGUGGGGGUCCUCGGGGCCCACGGCGAGCGGCUGGCUCCGGGCCUGGAUGGUGACCAUUCUCCUCACACCUCCGGUGCAGCUGGCACCAACAACUCCCCACUGUGGCCACAGGUCAAAAUGGAGCCGCAGGAUGUGGAGGUGGGCCAGGGUGCUGGCCACCACCACCACCAGCACCACCACCACCACCACCAUGCCGUUUUGAGUGGCGACGUGUUCGAGGAGGGGGGGCCCAUGUCCACCAUGAGCGAGUCGGGGGUAGCCACGGCGCCCUCUCCUGGGGGCGUGGCGUCAGACGCCAGCUACGUGUCUCAUUCGCCCGACUCCUUGAUGGGCGCCUCCCCCGUCUUCAACCAGAGGCCCAAGAAACGUCCGAGGAAGAUGUGAGGAGGCGUUCACGGACCGGUGGGAGCACUUGAGAGGUGGACCCUGAGCUCACCAGCAGCAGGAACAAAUCUGUCGGUGAAACGCAGCCGCUGUGCAGCUGUUGAGCUCAACGGACGCGGCUUAAACCGACUUUAAUGUCAUGACUGGCCUGAACUGGGGGAGGGGGGGUGAAGUGUAGUUUUUUUAUUUUUUUCAUCGUUUCUGUCAAAGACGUUGCCGUUGACUUCAGAACGGGGUUUACUGCCAACAGAAUAAACCUCUUUGGGAGUACCA